AUAGCGCACAGCACACUCUUCAAGCUUCUUGGAUAAUCCCUACACAUUACGUUCUAGAUCUGCGUCUUAUGGAUGACCAAACGAUCUGAUGACCAAGUGAAAACAUGUCAUCAAAAGUACCAGGAGGAAUUGUGGGCGGAGCUAGUGGGAGUAGCACUGGGGGAGCAAGACGACGCAGGAGAAGAGGCAGGUCAAAGACGCAGGAAGAUCUUAGAGAUGAGACAAGUUCUCCUCAGCUGAGUAAGCCAACAAUAAUUCUUGCCAAAUCUACUGCAUCUCAACCACAGAGUAAAUCAGAUUUGUAUGGCUCAUCACCAGAACCAGGGGGUGCUACUCUUUCAUCCCAAACGGGUGAGCCUGCAAAGUCUACUCCUCAGUUUAAAAUCAAAGCUCGACCCAGUGAAUCUACUCCCUAUAAACCCAUUCCAACUUUCCCACAAGCCAACUCCUCAGCAAUGAACUAUCAAUCUCCUGUUACCACGGCAAUAUACGCAUCGUCCCCGUCACAGGGAGAUGCAGGACAGUCUGGUGCUGGUAGUUACUCUGCAGCUUCAAAGCCUGUGGGUCAGGUGACAAGACCACUUGGACAGUCCAGUGCAACCCCGGUGUUCACCAUAGAGGUUCCUGUCCACAAUCGACUGACAGCACCACCCGACAUGAAGCAAAGUGUGAAACUAGUGGAUGACAACCUCCAGUGGUGUGACAAUGGCAUGGAGAUGUUACUGGACCACACUGAUUUUCUAGUAGUUGGCGUAUUGGGGUUACAAGGUAGUGGGAAGUCCACUCUGAUGUCCAUACUGGCUGGAAAUAGUGUCAGUGACAAUAAAAGUCCCUAUAUCUUCAAGCCACAAACUAGAGAGAUCAGGAACCAGUCUAUGCACCAGACUACUGGUAUUGACUUCUAUGUUACCAAUGAAAGAGUAAUGAUUCUGGAUACGCAACCGGUACUCAGCUCUUCAGUAAUGGACAGCUUAAUGAGCCAUGAGAAGAGUCUGCCGCCAGACGUGACAUCGGCUGAAAACUGCAAUGAAAUACAGUCUCUUCAGCUUGCCUCAUUUCUUUUGACGGUGUGUCACGUCGUCCUCAUUGUUCAAGAUUGGUUUCUGGACAUUAAUCUGGUAGAGUUCCUCAAACGAGCUGAAAUGUUGAAACCCCCUACUCCUAGCCCUAGCCCAGCAUUGGAAGGUUCCAAUAACGAGGAAACAGAAGACUUCUUCCCAAAUGUUGUGUUUGUGUUGAACAAAGCAAGGCAAGAAGACUUCCAAGUGACAGCUGUUCAGUCAAUGCAGGAAAGUAUAGCCAAACUCUUCAAAGAUUCAAAACUUACUCUCCAAGGAACGGCCUCAGUAGCUCACACAAAGCUCCUACCAGGUCUAAACAGAAAGAAUCUACCACUGGAUGUGAAUUUGUUUGUGCUACCAAGAUUUGAUAGGACACCUGCAGAGAACUCGUCAUCGGAAGACCAUUCUAUUCUGCUGAGUCUGUUACCAGUCUCCUAUCAAGGCCAUCCAAGUGUAGAACUCUUAACCAAGGCAUUCCGGAACCAGAUUUAUGGAGCUGCUCGAACGUCUCUGACACACACUUCACUCACAGAAAAGAACUGGUUCCAUUAUGCAGCACGGACCUGGGAGGCAAUAAAGAAAUCCAGCCUUAUGUCAGAGUUCAACAGACUUCUGACCUGAGCAUUCCCUUCCCAGGUGGUAAUACAGACCAUUGCUGUUGAUUCUCCAGGAGGUAACUGACUGCAGUUCAAAAGUCGGAUGUGAGUUGGAUGUGAGUUGAGAAUUUCUUUGUCCAAAGAAUGUUUGAUGAAUAUUUGGAGUAUUGGUAAACACUCUUUCGCAGAAAAGGCAACUUGUAUAACAUUUGAAAUGGUUGAGAGGAAGUUGAAUAGAAUUACAGCCUAGGGCAAGUUUGAGUGCGCACAUUUAGUCGACUACUAACCAGUAAUGUACAUGCGCAGUGAUGACUCACUCAAACGACUCGUUUG